AUGCGGGGUGUGGAGCUGCAGCCUGACGCAUUCAGCUACAACGCUGGGAUCAGCGCGUGCGAGAAGGGCAAGCAGUGGCAGCGGGCUGUGGCGCUGCUCAGCGAGAUGUGCGAGGCGGACUUGGACCCCGACGUCAUUUUCAGCUACAGUGCCGGGCUUCGCGCGUGCGAGAAGGGUGAGCAGUGGCAGCGGGCCUUGGCGCUGCUCGGGGAGAUGCGGGGAGCGAGCCUGCAGCCUGACGCGUUCAGCUACGACGCCGGGAUCGGCGCGUGCGGGGUGGGCGGGCAGUGGCAGCGGGCGUGGGUGCUGCUCUGCGAGAUGCGGGAGGCGGCGCUGGAGCUCAGUGUCAUCACCCCUACAGCGCUGGGGUCAGCGCCUGCGAGAAGGGCGAGGAGUGGCAGCGGGCUCUGGCGCUGCUCAGCGAGAUGCGCGAGGCGAACUUGGAGCCCGACGUGA